GACGGGGCUCAGCGGUGCGGACGUAAGACGUCGAGGAAUGGAAGGGCCGACUGCAUUGUUGUUUGUUGUCGUGUUUUUGCUCGAGGUGGCGGCGUCAUGCAAGGAAUGUGGAGCUUUCUUUGCAUUCUUGCGGGAAAAGCGAGCACAGGGGCACGAAGAGGGGGGGUCCAGGUAAUCAAAAGAGAGUAAUGAGAGUUCAUCGAAAAGGUUCCUUUUUUGUCCAAUCUGAGAGACGGUGUUGUGAUUGUGUUGUUUGGUGUGGCACGCGACGCCCUCGUUCUCGUUAUCUCCUUUGCUGCUCGCACCCCCUUUGUCCUCGUCCUGUUGUCCAAACACUGCGGGUUUCGUUCUUCUUUCGACGCGCGUCUACUGGAUUCGCUUCCAUCUUCACUCGCCAGCCAUCCACCACCAGACAAGGAAACAUCAAGAUGCCCGCCGCCGACCGUCCCCGCCGCUCAGCGGCAGUGCGCGCGCGCAAAGACCCAUACCCAAGCGGCGACGUCGCCAAAACCAAAGCGGCCGCCUCGCGCGUGACCAAAGCAAAGGCGACGAACAAGGCCAACACGGGCAAGAAGCGCGCCGGAGCCGCCGCGGGAGGCAAAGCGAAGGCGGCACCAAAGGCCAAAGCGUCUGCUGCUAAGCCUGCUGCGAAACCCGCUGCUGCGAAGAAGACUGCCGCCGCCAAACCAGCUGCUGCGAAGAAGCCAGCAGCUAAGCCCAAGGCUAAAGCUAAAGCAAAGUCCCCUGCGAAGAAGAAAGCGGCUGCGGUCGCGACGAAGAAGAAGGGGAAUGCCAAUACCGGCGCCGGGGUGCGCAAGGCGCAGUCGCCUAGGCAGAAGACGGUGGUGAAGAAGACGAUGCAGACGGCGCGGCGCGGCGGGUCUGUUGCGCCUUCGUCUGGCGGUGGCAAGUCGCCUGUGUCGAAGGCGGGGGUGAGGGCGAUUUCGGCGGCGUAUGCGGGGAUGAUGAGUGCCAAGGCGCGCAUGGAGGCUGAUAGGAAGGGGGCGACGCCUACUUCGCCCGCUGGAGGUGCUGCUCGUGCGAGGUCCAAGUCGCCGGCCAAGCCAUUCAGUCCGCCCAAGAAGGGCACCAGCCCGCCCAAGGCCAGGUCUUUCAGCCCGCCCAAGGCCAGGUCUGCCAGCGCGGGCAAGCCGAAAGGUCUGCAACAGCAUUCUGCACCUGCGCUGCAGAUGAAGUGAGGGAAUGCGAAGAAUGAUGGAGAGGGAGUGCGGUGGAUUUCUUAAUCGGUCAGGCUUUGAUUCCUGUGCAUGUUCUUGAAAGCAUCUCGCCUGGAUUGGAAAGGGGAUGUGGAGAUGAGGAUGUGAGAAGAUGUACGAGAGACUGGUAAUUCUCCUAAGUUAAUUGGUCCUUUUUUUGCU